CGGUCUUUAUGUACAGUGACUAAGCACACACCGGAAAUUGAUGAAAAUUUUCAUCUGGAUUUGGAUUGUGGAUUGGAAGUAGAGAGAAAAUCUUGGCUCUAUCGGCUACAUGAACCUGGUCAAUGGCUUGAUGCCACAAUAUGUAACUGCGAUGAAACUCAAUACUUACGCCCGUGGUAUGAAUGCGACUACAUCUACUUUCCAUUUAAUCUUGUUUCUAAACAAUGGGUUCUAGUUGUUCUAGAUGUUAGUGCAAACACUUUGUUUGUGUACGAUACCAACAACAGACGUGCAUCCAUUCCAAAAUAUUUGCGUACUGAAAUGCGCGGUCUCAUUCACUAUCUUCCUCUCAUCUUGUCUCACAUGCGGUCUUGUUCCCAUGGACGUGUAUAUGGUGCUGUUGGUUCUGCCACUGUUAAAAUGGCCCAUGGCGUCCCACAACAGACCAAUGGGGGAGAUUGUGGGCUUUUGGUGGUGAAGAUUGCUAAAGUACUUCAAAUGGACAUGGAUAUCCAGCUUGUGUGCCCCGACAAAGUCCCUUCUUAUCGAGCAAAGUGGGCUCAUGACCUUUACGUUCAUGGCACUUCAAUGGGAAAAGCUAUAGUUACACAUUCAUGUGUUGUUUAAGUUUGUUUGUAUUGAAUACUAAAUAUGUUCUACAAACUUGUAGUAGUCAAAACUUAACCUCU